CACAUAUGAACAUGCUGUUCUCCGUUUCUUUCAAUGGAAAUCUACUACAUGACCAGCUGUAGUUGUUUUUUAUGAGAACUUAACGAUUAACGGUAAUCAGCUCUAUUCAAUUGUGUUGUUUAUGUAAAAAAAAAAAAAGGCUUUUGUAACAUCGCUUGUUAACUCGUUCACCAAGGUCACAAGUAGCAGUGGAUGUGGUGGGAGCUAAGUCUCCAACACAUGUGAUUGUUGUAAAAUUAAAACGCAGAAGUGCAAGCUGAAAUAUGGCUGGACUUGUAAACUUUAAAGAUGAAAAUGAAGUGAAGCAGUUUUUGGACAAUCUGGGAGUGGAGUACAGCUUCCAGUGCUACAAAGAGAAGGAUCCUGAAGGGUGCCAAAGGCUCGCGGACUACUUGGAAGGGGUGAAAAAAAACUAUGAGAAUGCAGCACAAGUGCUCAAACAUAACUGUGAAACACAUGGACAUGGAGAGAGCUGCUAUAAACUGGGCGCGUACCAUGUCACAGGAAAAGGUGGAGUGACCGAGUGUCUGAAAACAGCCUACUCCUGCUUUAUGCGCUCCUGCAACACCGGAGGAAAGAAGUCUGUAGAUGCCUGCCAUAACGUUGGUCUGUUAGCCCAUGAUGGACGAGCUAUGGACGGGGGACCUGACCUAACGGCUGCUCGGCAGUACUAUGAGAAGGCCUGUGCUGGUGGCUUUGCUCCGUCAUGCUUUAACCUCAGUGCUUUGUUCAUUGAGGGCAAUUCCAAAGGGCUGGCACCAGAUAUGACUCUAGCUUUGAAGUAUGCUAACAGGGCUUGUGAGCUGGGACAUGUAUGGGGCUGCGCAAAUGCAAGUCGCAUGUACAAACUGGGGGAUGGUACAGAGAAGGAUGAGAAGAAAGCAGAGGAGCUGAAGAAUCGAGCGAGGGAACUGCAUGGUUUAGAGAAAGAAAGGCAGCUCAAAUUUGCAGAGUGAAUGUGACACUUUAUCAUAUUAUCAUUGUUUUGAUUUUGAUGCACAUGUGUUUAGUCAGUUUGUUUGAGUGAACAAGUAUAUGUGUAUACAAACAAAACCUGGUCUUGGGGUUCAAAGGUCAGAGAUGAUCUGUUGUUUAAAAGCAGAAUGGUCAAAUGGAUGUGUGCAACCUCAUUACAGUCUGUAGACUGACAUUCAGGGAGCAGUGUUAACCUGACCAUUUCUAUUAGUAGAUUUCAGAGAAAUGUGUACAAUAAAUGUAAAAACAAUAAAAUGAAUAUUGACUCGGAU